GCUGCCUCGGUGAGAACCCGCUGAAUGCAAACCCCAAGCUUCCCUGGCUUCUGGCUAUAAACCCUGGCGCGUCUCUGUGUGGACGGAAUUAGGGUUUUAGCACUCAGUGGCCGACUAGCUCAAGAGCCAUGGAAGGCAUCGAACCGGAAGGACCUUACUUCUCCGUGGACGAAGACAAUGGGGAUUUCUGCAGUUCCAUCCUCUCUCGCUUCGGCAAUUCCACCGACGAAAGUCAUCAGCAUCUCUGUGCUGUUAUUGGCGCCAUGUCCCAGGAGUUCAAAGAACAAAGUCUUCCUUCCACACAUGUUGCCUACUUCGGUGCCGCAUGUUCUUCCCUCGACCGCCUAUCUUCUGAACCCGAUGCCCCUAACCACAUCGUGGACGCACUGCUCACAAUUCUUUCCAUCGUCAUUACCCACGUACCCGUUGCAAUGUUGAAGAAGAAAACGGAUUUUUUGUCGCACCUUCUGGUGCAAGUUCUUCGGUCUCCUUCGAUGGCGGAGACUUCUGUUGUUGCCGGAUUGAAAUGCGUUUCGCAUCUGUUGAUACACAGGGAUAGUAUAAUGUGGUCUGAUGUGUCUCAGCUGUUCAGUGUCUUGUUGGGUUUCGUCAUAGAUUCGCGACUAAAGGUUAGAAGGCAAUCACAUUCGUGUCUUCGUGAUGUGUUACUGAGCUUCCAAAAAUCACCAUUGCUGGUAUCUGCUAGUGAAGGAAUUACAAGCAUACUUGAGAGGUUUCUUCUGCUUGCUGGCGGAGAAAAUGCAUGUUCUGGUGAAGGACCUAAGGGAGCUCAGCAGGUUCUAUAUAUUCUUGACUCUUUGAAAGAGUGCCUUCCUCUUAUAUCACUGAACUGCAAGACUAGCAUUCUUAAGUACUUCAAAACUCUCUUGGAUCUACAUCAACCCCUUGUCACUAGGCGCAUAACUGAUGGUUUGAGUUUUCUUUGUCUUUACCCAGCAUCAGAGGUUUCCCCUGAAGCAUUACUUGAAUUACUAAAUUCAUUGGCUCUUUCUAUCUCAACGAAUGAGAUGUCUGGAGAUGUAAUGACGUUUACAUCUCGUUUGCUAGAUGUUGGAAUGAAUAAAGUUUUUACCCUUAAUAGACAAAUAUGUGUUAUCAAGCUGCCUAUUGUCUUUAAUGCUCUCAAAGAUAUUUUGUCAUCAGAACAUGAAGAGGCCAUAUGUGCAGCCACUGGUUCAAUCAAGAGUCUGAUACAUUCUUGUAUUGAUGAAAGUUUGAUUAAACAGGGAGUUGAUCAGAUAUCUUUGAAUGCACACACUCCAUCAAGGAGGUCUGGUCCCACCGUCAUUGAAAAAGUUUGUGCAACUAUUGAAAGCCUGCUUGAUUAUCAUUUUGAUGCUGUCUGGGAUAGAGUAUUUCAAGUUGUGUCGGCUAUGUUUCAUAAAUUAGGAAAUCAUUCCGCAUGUUUUAUGAGAGGAGUAGUUAAAAACUUAGCAGAUUUUCAGAAGCUAUCUGAUGAAGAUUUCCCUUUUAGGAAACAGCUGCAUGAGUGCCUUGGUUCUGCUCUUGUUGCAAUGGGACCAGAAACUUUUCUCUCUCUUCUACCUCUGAAUUUGGAAGCAGAUGACUUAUCCAAUGCAAAUAUUUGGCUCUUUCCAAUUCUAAAACAUUAUACUGUUGGUGCACGUCUAAGCUUUUUUACAAAGGAAAUUUUGAGUGUGAUUGGUCAUUUAAGGCAGAGGUCUCAACAGUUUCAGCUACAAGGGCUGAUAAUGUCAUCAAGGAAUGCAGAUGCUCUUGCAUACUCUUUGUGGUCUUUGUUGCCUUCAUUUUGCAACUAUCCUUUGGACACUACUGAAAGUUUCAUGGAUCUGAAAAGAACUUUAUGUAUCACACUUCAAAAAGAACCUGACAUUCAAGGAAUAAUAUGCUCAAGUUUGCAGUUUCUUAUUCAGCAAAACAAGAAAAUUAUCGAUGAAAAAGAUGAUAAGCAGUAUGUGGGUGGAGAUUUGGCUAGUGAGCUUGGUUCGGUCCAUUAUACAAAACAGGUUGCAACAAGCAAUUUGAAUGUGCUGAAGUCUUCUGCUCAGGAACUUUUAACCGUUCUAUCACAGGUUUUUUUGAAGUCCACAAAAGAUGAUGGAGGUUGUCUGCAGCACACAAUUGGUGAGAUUGCUUCCAUAUCAGAUCGAGCGGUGACAUCCAAGCUCUUCAAAAGCACAAUGCUUGAGCUUUUAAAAGUCACGCAAAAGGCCGGCAAAGCAGACAAUGCCAAUUCAGUACAGGUUGAUGGGUCAUCAAAUAAUGUGUCACCCUCAGUUGUCAGGGCACAGCUUCUUGACUUGGCAGUUUCCCUGUUGCCUGGUUUAAACACUAAAGAGAUUGAUCUGCUGUAUGUUGCAAUAAAGCCAGCAUUACAGGAUUUUGAUGGUGUUAUACAGAAGAAGGGAUACAGAGUUCUUUCAGUCAUUCUCAGGGAUUCAAGUGAGUUUGUUCCAUCAAAGUUGGAGGAGCUGCUUGCGCUUAUGGUUGAAGUUCUGCCUUUAUGUCAUAUUUCCUCCAAACACCAUAGACUAAAUUGCCUGUACUUCCUAAUAGUCCAUGUCUCCAAGGUACUUAAGGAUAGUUUGGAGCAAAGGUGGCGUGAAAUUAUUUCUUCUUUCCUUACAGAAAUUGUACUUGCUCUUAAGGAGGCUAAUAAAAAAACUAGGAAUCGGGCUUAUGACAUUCUUGUUGAAAUUGGCCAUGCACUUGGAGAUGAAGAGAGAGGCGGCAAUAGAGAAAAUUUAUGUCAAAUUUUCAAUAUGAUUGCUAGAGGCCUGGUUAGUGAAACUCCGCAUAUGAUUAGCGCAGCAGCCAAAGGUUUAGCUCGUUUGGCCUAUGAGUUUUCUGACCUUAUUUCAACUGCUUUCAAUUUGCUUCCGUCUACUUUCCUCCUACUUCAAAGACAAAACAGAGAGAUUAUAAAGGCCAAUUUAGGUUUGUUAAAGGUGUUAGUGGCUAAAUCACAAACAGAAUGGUUGCAAUUGCACCUUAAGAGCAUGGUGGAAGGUUUGAUGAAGUGGCAAGAUAACACCAAGAAUCAUUUUAAAGCGAAGGUUAAGCAUCUUUUGGAAAUGCUUGUUAGAAAGUGUGGACUGGUGGCAGUUAAAGCUGUCAUGCCUGAAGACCAUAUGAGACUCCUUACCAACAUACGCAAGAUCAAAGAGCGGAAGGACAGGAAACGAGGUGCUAAAACUGAGGAAACUAGAACUUGUCUUUCAAAAGCACCUACAUCCAGCUUCAGGCAAAGUAUGUGGAACCAUACAAAUUUUUUUUCUGAUUUUGAUGAUGAAGAGAGUGGAGGAACUGAUGCAGAAUACUUGGCGAAGACCAUCUCCAGAGGGGGCAAGUCUUACUCACACAGUAAAUCAGCAGGAUCUUCAUAUAGGUUGAAGAUCAGACACGAGAAGAAUUUGCUUGAGCACUUGUCUGACCAAUCGGAUGAUGAGCCGCUUGAUUUGCUUGAUAGGCAGAAAACAAUUUCAGCUCUUAAAUCAUCUGAGCAUCUCAAAAGGAAGUCAAGGUUAGAUGAUGAGGUUGAAGUAGAUUCCGAAGGACGCCUGAUUAUAUGCGAGGAAGGGGAUUGGACGAAGGGAAAACCUGAAGAGGCUGAUUUUGAUACUACGAGUGAAGCUGAUAGUCACUUGUCUGGGAAGUCUGGAACUCAGGUGAAGAAGCGCAGAAAAAAAUUGGAGUCUGGGUGGGCGUACACAGGGAGAGAAUAUGUCAGCAAGAAAGCAAGUGGGGAUGUGAAGAGGAAGGACAAGCUUGAGCCUUAUGCAUAUUGGCCACUUGAUCGGAAGAUGAUGAGCCGUAGGCCACAGCACCGAGCUGCUGCAAGGAAAGGCAUGGCAAGUGUCGUAAAGAUGACAAAAAAGUUUGAAGGCAAGAGCGCAUCUAGUGUACUGUCCCAGAGUAUCAUGAAACUGAGAAGGACCAAGAAGAAGGACGGCAAGAAAUAGAAAAUGCAAGGGCUGCUGGUUAGCAUGUCAAUUUGUUGGCAGCAAGAUAAGAUCAUUAUUUUGUGCUUACAUUAUAUGAGUUUUGGAUUUAGGAGCUCCGGUUGUAAGGCAACUUAAAUUAUAAGCCAUUGUUUUUUUGUUAGUUUUGAAAGAAAAAAAUUAAUGAUAAAGCAGGACUUGGAGCAGCAGUUUUUUCGACAAGCUGCUCGUUGUCGUUGUUGAUGUGGCCAAGCGUGUCUUGGUACUUGUACAUUAGCAAAUAAUUGGAAAUUGAAAACUGAA